GUGAAUCUCUCUCCAUAACACUGACUGGCUGCUCAGUGCUGUGUAAGUCUGUGCAGAGCUGUCAGUGCCAUGUACCUGUGCCCGUUGCUCCUGCUGGCCUCCUGGCUCUGCCUGGCAUCCCCGGCCCCCCACACCAGCACCGCCAGCACUGUGACCAGCACAAAGAGGACUCCCACCAGAUCCAGCAGCCCCAGACCUACUCCGGGAGCCAACGGGACCACUCGGCCUCCGGGCAAUGUGAGCGAGGACCUGGGUGAUCCGAUAACCCGAGACCGCCGGAUAUCGGAGGAGAAGACCAAAGAGAAGACAGCAAAAGUGGCGAAAAAAGUAAAAAUAGUCAAAACGGUGAAAGUCUUGAAGAAGGCCAAAGAAGAAACGAAGGCAAAAAAUUCAGGAGGACCCCAACCAGAACCGUGUCCUCCAUUGGGAUUAGAGUCUUUGAGGGUCUCAGACAACCAACUGCGUGCAUCCAGCAUCAAACGCUAUGGCCUGGGGGCCCACCGUGGACGCCUAAAUAUUCAGUCCGGGAUCGAUGAUGAUGACUUCUACGAUGGUGCCUGGUGUGCCGGUGAAAAGAACAAGAACCAGUGGUUGGAAAUCGAUGCCAGGAGACUGACCAAUUUCACCGGAGUCAUCACACAGGGCAAGAACUCAAUAUGGACGGAUGACUGGGUGACAUCGUACAAGGUCCAGGUCAGCAAUGACACUCACACAUGGAAGACUUGCAAGAAUGGGACAGAGGAUGUGAUAUUCAAAGCAAAUAAAGACCCAGAAACACCAAUCCUGAACCGACUGCCGACCCCAAUGGUUGGGCGCUACAUAAGGAUCAAUCCACAGAGCUGGUUUGAAAAUGGCACCGUCUGCCUGAGAGCGGAGAUUCUGGGAUGCCCUCUUCCAGACCCAAACACUGUGUUCAUGUGGGAGCACGAGACACCACAACCAACAGACAAACUGGAGUUCAAACACCACAACUACAAGGAGAUGAGGAAGGUGAUGAAGCGGGUGAACGAUGCCUGCCCAGACAUCACCCGGGUGUACAGCAUUGGAAAGAGCUACCUGGGCCUGAAGAUGUACGUCAUGGAAAUCUCCGACAACCCGGGAGAGCACGAGCUGGGGGAGCCAGAGUUCCGCUACGUGGCCGGCAUGCACGGGAACGAGGUCGUGGGUAGGGAGUUGAUGCUGAACCUGAUGGAAUAUCUGUGCCAGGAGUACAAGAACAAGAACCCCAGAGUAGUGAGGCUGGUCACCGAGACCCGCAUCCACCUCCUGCCCUCCAUGAACCCCGAUGGAUAUGAGAUGGCCUACAAGCUGGGCUCGGAGCUCUCCGGUUGGGCCAUCGGCCGCUGGAAUUACCAAGGACUGGAUCUGAAUCACAACUUUGCAGAUCUGAACAAUCCGAUGUGGGAUGCCGAGGACAACGAGCUGGAGUUUCCCAAUCACUACAUCCCCAUCCCGGAGUAUUACACCUUUGAAAAUGCCACGGUGGCCCCGGAGACUCGCGCCAUCAUUGACUGGAUGCAGAAAAUCCCCUUUGUCCUCAGCGCCAACCUCCACGGAGGGGAGCUGGUGGUCUCCUACCCCUUCGACAUGGCUCGUUCUUAUUGGAUGGCCAAGGAGCUGACCCCGACCCCAGACGACUCCAUGUUCCGCUGGCUGUCCACAGCCUAUGCCACCAGCCAUCGCAUCAUGUCGGACGACAACCGCCGCAUCUGUCACUACGAUGACUUCAUCAGAGUCGGCAACAUCAUCAACGGGGCAAACUGGCACACCGUGGCCGGAAGUAUGAAUGACUUCAGUUACCUUCACACCAACUGCUUUGAGGUGACGGUGGAGUUGUCCUGUGACAAGUUCCCUCACGAGGGGGAGCUUCCGACAGAGUGGGAGAAUAACAAGGAGUCGCUGCUCAUCUACAUGGAACAGGUCCAUCGGGGGGUUAAAGGCGUGGUCCGGGACAAGGACACGGGCAAAGGGGUUCCUGAAGCCGUCAUAGCGGUAGACGGACUCAACCAUCACAUCCGCACAGCUCUUGAUGGAGACUACUGGAGGCUUCUCAAUCCAGGAGACUACGAGAUCACCGCUAAGGCCGAGGGCUAUCACUCCUCUACCAAGUCGUGUCACGUCUCUUACGAAGACCGACCCACCAUCUGCGAUUUCUACAUCUCCAAGACACCCAAGCAACGUUUGAAGGAGCUGCUGGCCAAAGGGGCAAAAUUACCAAAAGAGCUCAUUCUACGUCUGCGCCAGAUUCAAACUCGCAAGCUGAAGGCCAACGCCAAGAAAUCCAAGUGAAAGAGGCUCGAGAGACGACUGACAGACUCGGGUCACCCACUUCCAAAAUCCUUCAUCCCGUAGAAAAUGAAUCUGUUCUUCCCAUCCGUAGUGCCGCCGGUGGGACGUUCUGAGAUCAUCAUUGUGCGCAUUUACAUGUGGUAGAGAAGUCUGAAAUAUAUAAACCCUUCACAGGUGGAAAGGAGGUUUCAAGGUCCGAAAGUUAAAAGUCAUCGCUAAAGAGUUUGAUUUUCUCUACUUGUUUUAUGAAAAGAUUUACGUUUCUUGUUGGAACAAAAUCCACCAAAUGUGGCUCAGACAUUUGAAAGUUAGUAGUCGUUGGUCACAUCCAACUGGACUUGUUCGCUAAUAGACAUGUGCAAUUCGUUUACUUCCCAAUUCGUUUUUUUGACA